AUGACGCCUUCACUAAAAAAAUCUCCGAAAAUCGAAAAUGCCUGUUUCAAAUUGAUAACGGAAGAUAAAGAGGAAGUGUUGAUCAGCGAGCUGGCCAUGAAACAUUCGAAAUUUCUCACCGAUUUUGUCUCGAAUUUCGGGUUUUCUCCAUCGGUAAACGGCGAAAAGAAUCCGAUUCAAAUUCAAAAAGUCACUGGACCAACAUUAAAAUUAAUCGUCAAAUGGUGUGAACAUCACAAAAAUGAUCCGAAAAUUCGAGAGAUGGAUUACUGUAAAGUCACAGCAGAAUGGGAUCAGCAAUUUCUGCAAAUGGACAAUGAGGUCAUGUUCGAUUUAGUGAGGGCCUCCAACUUUUUAGAUGUCAGAAUUCUGUUUGCGAUUUCGACAAAAACGAUUGCCACGUGGAUAAAAGGGAAGAAUUCGGAGCAAUUGAGAGCAAUUUUCGGUGGAACUCCUUCGGAAAAAUCGGAAGAGAAAAGAAAAAAUUCAGUGGGAAAUAAUGAGAAAAGGCGAAAAAUCGAAUAA